AACAACAGAAUUAGCCCAUUUAAAAACGGGAAUGGUAAGUGGGCUGGCCCAUACAUGUAUAAAAACUUUGGACAAAAUUCGGAGAGAGUCGAAUUGGCGAAGCACUGCAGCUCACGGAACUGGUCCAAAGCGAUCCGAGUUCUCGAUUCUGCUCCUUGCUAAGCAGUGCUCGAUUCUCGACAUAUGGUUUUGUCCUCACGAUCUUCAAUUGGAGCUUUGGAGCAGACAUCAGUUUUGAAGCAGUUACUUGAAUUAGAUGAACUCAUGACUUUCUACAAUAGAGAAACAGAACUUAAAAUCUGGAUUCUAGUGGCAGUUUUGACUUGCUAAAUGGAUCAGCGUACAAGGAAAAAGAGAAUGUAAAAAUCUGGCAGCCAAAUCAAUGUUUCUGAUUUACAUGAUCAUUUUAUCUGAAAGUUCUGUUCGGUUAGGGGGACUCUGUCGAUUAUAGGAAGAGGGACAGCUUAUGCAUUCCAACGAGAGCUUCAAAAAUGCUAUAGCUGAUUUUACUAAGGUAUUUGUAUUUGACAAGAAUUGUUACCACAGUGGGACAGGCUCGUGCUGCUCUUGGGGAAUUUACUGAGCUUUCCAAGUCUUGUCUGCUUCUGUUCUUUAAUUAUAGCUAAAAGCGUAAACAAGAAAUGUAUUUUAUGGGACUCUGUUCGUCUCUGCAUGUUUAUUAAUUGAUGAAGAAUAUUUUCUGAUAAGAAUCCAGUAAUUUGGAUAAGCCUCUGAUUGAUGUCUGUGAUUAAGCCUGUUUAAUGCUAGCAUUCUAUGGUUAAAAUCCAGAAACGUUCCUUGUUCACACUCUUAAGCUACUCUUUGGUGAUAGGCGGUUGAAGAUUUAACUCAAGCACUGGUUUUGGAGCCAAAGUCACCUGAUAUAUUGCAUGAAAGGGGUGAGUGCCCUUAUGCUGUGCUUCCUUUUACAUCUUGCUACAUAUUCAGUUUUGAUAUUUUAAUACAUGUUUUCUUUGGUGAAAACCCAUUAAAGUACUAGUGCUGAACAGUGAAAACCUCCAUGUACGUAAAAUACUCUUGGAUGCUUAAUCUCUAGCAGCCCUAAACGUUUCGCUCACUGUAAAAAUCAAUGUUAUCCCUUUUAAUUCUGCAGAAAGAGAUUGCCUUGUACGCAGCUUCCAAAGCUAAUAGUGAGUUUUUCUGCUUUGAUAUUGAUGGGACCUGGAUCCAAUGUUCAAGGGGAAGACUUGGGUAUGAUUUUGCAAUUAGAACUUCAUGUACACCUGCAAGGUGGAGUGAUUUUAAUGAAGAAAUGACUUCAGCUUGGGAGGCUUUUGGCAAUGCCUAUUUUGGAGAGAACUACGGUUCUACUGACCUCGACGCUUUAGAAACAGUUAGAGACGUUAUCUUACGCUUGACAUAUCACUGGUACAGUUUUAUGUUGUUAGCUCGAGGGACUGCAGUAACGGAUUUGUAGUGUUACUAGGACUUCUGCUAGCUGCUAACAAGGAGUUCACUGAGAGUAUCCCAAAAGGGUUAGAUUUGGAAGCUAUACGUAAUGUUGAACCGGUUUCCUUUGUUGUUUCGAUCGGUUAAGUCUUGGUUAUACCCUUCCCUGAAAAUCAACGCGUCAUGGAGAGAUCACCCGGAAGUUUCCUCGGCUUUUUCAACAACCGGAUCGGUUGUGGCCGCGCUUAGCACUUACAAUGAUUGAGUUACAAAAUUUGUCAACCAAUCUGUCAUAAGAGUUGAAGAAAAGCUAACCGACAAACAUACAAUCCAUCACCCCGAGGUUUCCUGCUUGUGAUGUUUAUGUAUUUGAAAACAAAAGCAUACGUACAAAAACUUUGAUAGGGUUUUUAUAUGAGUUUUUUAUAUUCUGAAAUUAUAUUUAUCGAAGUCUUAAAAGUCUACGAACGACCACUCGUUUGGGUU